UUUUGCCGCCGCCUCUGCUGCCGCUGUCGCCCAAUGGUUUUCGCAGGCGGAAGCCUCAUCACAGCGUCUUCAUGGUCCCUGUGUUCCUCCGCCGGGGGAAGUAGUCCGACUUUUCACUCCUGUCUCCCUGGUGUCCCGAUCCCGAGGAGGGAAGAAGAGUCUCGGCCUCUCCGUGCCUUCGGCGCCGCCUCACGUGACUGGCUCCCUUCGCCAGGAAGCGGGGAAAGGAGCAGCAUCCGAAGCAGAAGCAGCUGCAGCAGCCCGGCGCCUGCUCCCCUCGCCUCGCGCCCGCCUCGCCUCGGAAAGGGGCAGUGGGGUGGGUGACUGGAUCGUGCGGCGCUGGGCGGAGGCGGCCUCGGGCCCCGGGGCGGCUGCUGUUGCUGGGAAGGAAGGAAGGAAGGAAGGAAGGAAGAGGAUGGCGGCCCUCCUCCGUUUAUAAAGCCCAGCGAAACACGGGCUGGGGACAGACUCGAAGGAGCAGGGGUGCCCCCCUUAUAACCCGGGGGCGGAGUGGGGGCGGACCUGUAUACUCUGCCUGCCUUUCCUUCUCUGUCGCCACCUUAGAGGAAGAAACAGCAAAGAAGAGGAAGAGAGUCGAGGGAGGCGGCGGCGGAGGAAGAGAGAGUCGAUCCGGCACCGGGCGGGGGUGGGGGUGGGGAGAGGCGAGCGAGAAACCAUGUCAGGGCGGCCGAGAACCACCUCCUUUGCAGAAAGCUGCAAGCCGGUGCAGCAGCCUUCAACAUUUGGCAGCAUGAAAGUUAGCCGAGACAAAGAUGGCAGCAAAGUGACCACAGUGGUAGCAACUCCUGGACAGGGUCCAGACAGGCCUCAAGAAGUUAGUUACACUGACACGAAAGUGAUUGGAAAUGGAUCUUUUGGUGUUGUGUAUCAAGCUAAACUCUGUGAUUCAGGAGAGCUGGUUGCCAUUAAGAAAGUUCUGCAAGACAAGAGAUUUAAGAAUCGAGAGCUUCAAAUCAUGAGAAAGCUCGAUCAUUGUAACAUUGUCAGAUUACGCUAUUUCUUUUACUCCAGUGGAGAGAAGAAAGAUGAAGUGUACCUUAAUUUGGUUCUGGAUUAUGUUCCUGAAACUGUGUACAGAGUUGCCAGGCAUUAUAGUCGGGCCAAACAGACACUCCCCAUGAUAUUUGUGAAGUUAUACAUGUAUCAACUAUUCCGAAGUUUAGCCUAUAUCCAUUCCUUUGGAAUAUGCCAUCGGGAUAUAAAACCACAGAAUCUUUUGCUGGAUCCUGACACAGCUGUUCUAAAACUUUGUGAUUUUGGAAGUGCAAAACAGCUAGUUCGUGGAGAGCCUAAUGUUUCGUACAUCUGCUCUCGGUACUACAGGGCACCAGAGUUGAUCUUUGGAGCCACUGAUUAUACCUCCAGUAUAGAUGUUUGGUCAGCCGGUUGCGUAUUGGCAGAAUUAUUACUAGGACAACCGAUUUUCCCAGGUGACAGUGGUGUAGAUCAGUUGGUGGAAAUAAUCAAGGUCCUUGGAACUCCUACACGAGAACAGAUUAGAGAAAUGAAUCCAAACUACACUGAAUUUAAAUUUCCUCAGAUUAAGGCACAUCCAUGGACUAAGGACUCGUCAGGAACAGGACAUUUCACCUCAGGAGUACGGGUUUUCCGGCCCCGCACUCCACCAGAAGCAAUAGCGCUAUGUAGCCGUCUGCUGGAAUAUACCCCCACUGCACGCCUGACUCCUCUAGAAGCAUGUGCACACUCUUUCUUUGAUGAAUUACGGGACCCAAACAUCAAACUACCAAGUGGACGAGAGAAACCUGCGCUCUUUAACUUCACCACUCAAGAACUGUCAAGUAAUCCAUCUUUGGCUUUGACCCUCAUACCUGCUCAUGCUCGGAAUCAAGCAGUUGCUUCAACUCCUACAAGUGUUCCAACAGCCUCAGAUGCUAAUGCAGGAGAUCGAGUUCAGACCAAUAACCUAGCUUCAGCAUCAGCCUCCAACUCCACCUGAACUGGUCACAAGCAGCACCCUGUACAGGAACAAUCGCCAGUAUUUUUGAGUCAUGCUCAGCAACACUGGUCACAUUUGGAAAGAAAAUGUAAAAACAGAAAGAAAAAAGCCUUGUUCAUUAUAGUGUUACUUUUUUUUAAUUAUUGUUGUUCUUAUUUAACCUUGUAAAAUAUACAUACAAACCAGUUUCAUUGUAUUCUCACUGUGCAGACUCUUUGGGGCAGGGAAUAGGGGUGGGAAUAAGGGAAGUGGAGAAAUGAACACACCAAUGUCUCUUUCCAUGACAAUCUUCUAAUUUCAAACAAUUGCUGUUGUAUACUUCAGAAUCAGGAAUCUUGUCUCAUGCUCUUCCCACAACAAAAAGAAGGAAAACCCUCAUUCUGCUGAAGCUCCCUUUUUUAAGCCUUGUAUUGUUAAGUGAAGUUUCAACUUUUGGUGUAGUGCACAACAUGAAUUUGGUCAGGAGCUUAGCAGGAGAUGCUCACCUUGAAAUAUAAUAUGCUGGAGACCAUUAUUUAAUGGGGUUUGGGAAGAAAGACAGGGUGAUGUGCUAAAAUAUGUUGAAUUGCCAAAGGGAACUGUGGGGGAGGGGGAAUUACUGUGUGCAUGAAGCUUGGAACUGUAAGGAUCAGAUCUUAAUCUUAAAUCCAUUCUAGAAUUGGAGAAUUCUGCAGGUAUGUAUGGUAAAUAUAUACAUACAGGCUAUUGGCUUGAAUGAAAGAUACUCACUCACCUAGCCUUAAAGUGGUGGAGUUGGACACUAAAUGAUCUGUAAAGCACAAGAGACUAUGGCCAGUCACUUCCACUCUUCAAUAGAAAGGCGGAGGCAUACAUUCCCUUCCAGAUGCAGAAAACUGUGCAUUUCUGCACCCUGUCCAUCUUAGUUUUUUUCUUUUCAUUCUGUUGGUUUCUUCCUUGAAUUAGCAAACAGGAAAAGAAUGCCAGGUGUUAAAAUAUGAACAUUUUUAUUUCAAUUAGAGUGUUCAAAAUGGCAUAUUAUUUUACAAGUAAUUUUAAAUCCAAAUCCAGAAUUUCCAAUUUGUAUUUAUUGUCACAAUUGAAAUAAGUAGACAAAUUAGUUUACUUGCUCCUGCUGACUUACAAAAAGGGGUGUGUGGGUGGGUGUGGGUGGGUGUGUACACACACACACACACACACACACACACACACACAUAUAUAUAUAUAUAUUAUAAAUAUAUACAUAGAUGCAGUGCUGCUUUUUAUUUUUGUUUUUAAUCUAUAAUUGGUCUGACUGAUGUAGAAAUGCCUGUUUCUAAUGUCUGUUCUGAGUUAUUUUGUAGUGGCAAAAAGUCUCUCUAUUUUUGAAGGGAAAGCAAUACUCCUUGGAAGGGUCUAGUAACGUUAUAAGAAGGCCUGCUGCUCACGCUGCUGCUGCCCCUGCUGCAGAGACAAAAGCCGGAUCUACACUACUGCUUUAAAGCGCUUUAUAACAGUUAUAAAGCGCUUUAACUGCUUUAAAGCGCUAUAAAACUGUUAUAAAGCGUUUUAAAGCAAUAGUGUAGAUCCGGCCAAACACUUGUUACUGGCUUGACAGAUAUGCCCACCCAGCCUUACAUUCAUUCAAAUGAACCUUAGUCAACUUGGUGGCUGUGGGAGUUUAUUUCAUUGGUGAAUCUUUGGAACAUGAUUUGGCCCAAGAAAAACCAGCAGUAUGCAAAUCCUGUCCCUUGAUGGUACUGGACUUAGGACCGCCUCCUAUUGGCUUCCUUAAAUGUGAAGGCAUUGAGAGGAGGCAAGUAAAGCCCUAUUUAAGUUCUUUCUGAUAAAAGGCGCUUGUCAGGGAGGGAGUUGUCGCCUGCCUAAAAUGCUAAUGGCCCAGGUACACUGUUAUUAAAAUAGUUUCAAGAGCCAUGAUUAUGGAAGCCAUUUUUUCCCCAAAUACUCCAUUUUACUAAAAAAAAAAAAAACCUGUAAUAAAUGCGAUCUUAUGACCAUAGGAGGAAAUGUCCAUCAGAGCUCAGGAGGUACUUGAAUGAGCAGGGUCUUGACAGAGAGAUGAGUCAGUUUUGCAGUCAUGAUAACAGUUUGAGCUCAGAUGGUUCUAGGAUUUACAUUACUUUUUAUUAGUUUAAAGCUAGCAGGGAAGAAGAAUUAAAAGCUUUAAUUCUUUUUUUAAAAAAACAAAACAACCCACGUGUUUGUGAGUGUGUGUAAAACAGGACCCUAAUGCUUUUAUUUUGUCAAGGAUCACGGUGGGACUGCAAACAAAUUUUAUACAACUUUAGAUUCAGGUAUUUCAGUAUCAACUUUGUAAAUAAACUGACAAAAGCUCCUCACCAAAUUCAGGUUUGUACAUUAGUUAUUAAAUUUUGAGUUUUGUUCUUUGUAUAUAAAUAUGUGGACACAGGAACUGCUGUUAAUGAGCAAAAGUUACCAUUCAGGGCAGGUUUUUUUUUUUAAUAAUCAGACGAAAUGUAGACGAGCUUUUAAAAGCCAUAUAGUUCUAACUCUGUACAGUAGAUAACCGGCCUGUAUUAUUGUAACAAUAACUCUAGCGAUGUAUAGUAUAUCUAUAUAGUUUGGAGUGCCUUUGGUUCCAUGAUACUUUGACUUUAUUUUAUUCUUUUUUUUUGUAACAGGUGUCUCACACAUCCUAAUCCUUUGUUUCCCUUCUUUCAAUGAUUUCAUGGUCAGUAGCAUAAUUAAAAGAAAAUGCAUCCAUAACUUUUAGUUUCAAACAUGGCUUUGUUGUAGAUGUUUAAGUGUUUCUCUCCGUUCUCCACGCUAUCAGUGACCGGUUUCAUUUUAUGUUUCCAUCUCGGCAUCUAAGUGGCAGGUUUACAUUUGGCUCGUCUUUUCCUAGCACAUUUGUCAAGAGAUCUUGGAGACAAAAGCUCCUAGACGCUCUUUGUGCCUCUCGAUGAAGAAUUGGGCUUUGUAAAGAAGAAGGUGGGGAGAGAGAUUAAUUGGGAUCACACACACACACACACACACACACACACACACACACACUUCCUGUGUUUUACAUAUCUAGAAAUCUUGCAGACUUUUUGGUCAGAUAUUAAUUUGUGAUAUGAAGAGUCUGUAGCUGUAAAUUAUUACCUGCCUUCCCAGUCCCACCCAACACCAAGGUUUACUUUCUUACGAGUGUCAUUUUAAAAUUGACCUUAAUUUCUUGUGCCCAGCCAAAGGCCUUGCUUUUGAAAGUUUAUGCACUUGUAUGUUUGACCUUGUUAUAGUUCACAUGACAUUUUCUUUGAUGGCAAAAUGCAGAACUUUUUAUCAAACCGAAGGUUGCUGUUUUCCUUUUCAAUUUUUUUGUAACCAUCAUUUCAGUAAGGCAGAGGCUGCAUUUUUUUCUGGUGACACAAAGGUCAGUGAUAGCAUUUUGUUUCUGAUUCAGUAUUUUUAUUAUUAUUAUUAUUAUUAUUAUUAUUAUUAUUAUUGGGGAUGGUUUGUUUUUAAAUGAAGCACCCCAUCUCUCUUUUGUCUGUGUUGCCCUAAGAUGGCAUUAAUGAUAUUCUUUAUGUCUCUGACUGAAAGCCAAUCAACACACUAGUUAUCUUAAUUUUGAAGUAUUUUUAUUUAAACAAAAGAAAAAUGAUUUUUUUUCAACAUAGAAUGUUCUAAAGUCAUCUAGCUGCUGCUUCAACAGCCUUCAUUUUAUUAAUAUCCCAGAUAAUGAUGAAUGUCUGUAACUAGUGUUAAUUUGAAAUGUCCCCAGGUAAGUAAUGCUUCUUAAGUACUGUUAUUAAUGAACAUUUCUCCAUUAGAAUCUCAGCUAUUAGAGGUCAAAAGCACAGUUUAGUAUCUAGCCCAAGACCUACAUUUUUCAGAUAUGUGCAUCAGAGAGCUUUAGAAUCCCCACUAUUUCUACAGGAGCUAAUGUCCUGCUUCAUUUUGCGACAAGGCAAUAAAAGCAAAAUGAAAAGGCAUAUUAAAAUUCGUACCUGUAGGGUUAGCUUGAGAUAUGUAUCUUCCUUCCUUGUGUUGUAUGUUCUUGGUUUUCUGGAAGAAAAAUUUAUAUAUAUAAAUAACAAUUUAUAUAUAUAAAUAAUAUGCUUGCCUGUAAAAUUUGCGUUUGUUACUAUGUUGUUAAUAGAUCACUCGGGCUUGUGCACAAAUUAGCGUGGUCACAUCCAUCUUAAAAGCAGCCAUCUAAAAUAUAUAUAUAAUGGACUGUGGGUUGUAUACAAACUAUUGCAUACACAUGCAAAGCUGUCUUGAUUCAAAGAAGAAACAAAAUAUGUAUAACAUUAUUACUACUUGAAUGCCUCUGUGACUGAUUACUUUUUCAUUUUAAAUAUAAACUUUUUGUGGAAAGUAUGCUUAAUGUUUUAUUAUUUUAUCUACUCCCUUCUCCUUUGUAAAUACAUUUUGUUCUGUGUGAGUUGGUUCGGAAAUAGUUAACUGGUACUGUAAUUCGCAUUAAAUAAAAAUAGGUUAGCCUGGACAUGAAAUUUAAAAUUAAAAAGUGUGUGUUCUUUAUUUGAAAAACCUUUCUGUCCACCACCUCCUUUAAACUGCUCCUGUUCACCUUUUUCCAGGACUGACCCCUGCCCCACCUCCAAAAUGUUGAUUUGAAUUUUACACAAGGAACUGUUGUGUUUUCUUCAAUGGUUUAAUAUAUGGCAGUUUUGCAAGAGGUAACAACCUCUGUCUACCACCAAAACCUUUGAUUUGAUGGAGAAAGGAAAGAACCUUUUCACAAUAGAUGUUCAUAGCAGAUGUCCCUACUUUACUGUUCACAUUCAGGAUAUGCCAAGACUUUUUACAGAGUGCUUCCUUAUUUUGAGCCCCUGAAUAUUUAGUGGUGGUGUGAAAAGUUUAUCAUAACCGUUUCUUGUGGGGCUAUUCCUCCAAUAAAUUGGCAUGUUACUAUCUCUGAGCUGGGUUUCAGUCAUGGAUAAUGUAUGUAAAUGUGAUGUUUGUUUGCACAAAAAACUUUUUUUUUUCAGGCCAGAUCACUGCUCAUAUCUAUUCUGCUACUAUCCUAAAAGGCUAGAUGCAAAGUCAUAAGACUACUGCUACAAUAAAAAAUGCUAUAUUGCAAAAAAGGCUCUUCUUCUUCUUC